AUGACCAUGCAUUGGCUCCUGAAGGUUUUGAUCCUAUUUCUGGCUCUGCCAAGUCUAACCACAGGCCAGAAAAGAAGGAAGAAAGGACAGAGAGAUGAUAACCAGGUCAUUGUUAAUGAGGGAAAAGUCCUGAUCUGUCCGGUGGAGAUCAUGUUCAUAGUGGACAGCUCAGAGAACGCCAAAGUUCUGCUGUUUGAGCAACAGAAGGCAUUCGUCCUGCGCUUCAGUACUAAGCUCAUGGAGCUCCACUCGGCCGGCUGGCGCCUGCGGCUCCGUUUGGCUGCUCUACAGUACAGCAGCACCGUGUCUGUGGAACACAACUUCAGAGACUGGCAGGACCUGGACGUCUUCCAGAGCCGGGUGGCGUCAAUGACCUAUAUCGGCCAUGGCACCUACAGCGCCUACGCCAUCACCAAUGCCACCCAGGUGUUCAACCGUGAGACGUCCUCCAGCAGCCUGAGGAUUGCACUGUUGAUGACGGAUGGAGCAGACCAUCCUCGCAGCCCCAGUGCUGUGACGGCUGCUGCUGAGGCUAAACAGCACAACAUCAGGGUGUUCACUAUAAGACUGUCAGGCCUGCCCAGGGACAUUCCCAUGGGUGCAAAGCUGCGCUCCAUCGCCAGUGCCCCCCCACAUCAGCAUGUCCUCAGCCUCACAGACAGCCAGCUGGAUGACAGACUCUACAAUGAACUGCAUAAAGUUAUUCAAACUGGGUGCCCACAGCCAAAGACCUGCCUGUGUGAGAGGGGGGAGAGGGGUCAUCCUGGAAGCCCAGGGAAGCCAGGCGAGCCGGGGACUGAUGGAGCUCCAGGCCCAAAGGGAUCUCGCGGGGAACCAGGCAUUAAUGGACGUCCAGGAAUGGAGGGCCUUGAGGGUCGACCUGGAAGUAAAGGAGAAAAGGGGGAAAGUGGUGAAUGUGGCGCCCCUGGUAAAAAGGGAGAACUAGGUGCAGAUGGACUUUCUGGCCCCAGAGGCCCCAAAGGAGAGCAGGGAGCCAGAGGAGGAGCUGGAGACCAGGGUCCAGAGGGGCCAUCUGGAUCUAAGGGUGACCGAGGACCGAGGGGUGCACAAGGACCUCCAGGAGAUAAUGGCGUUGGGUUCCCUGGUUCCAAAGGGGACAAAGGGAACCAAGGAAGACCAGGUCCACCAGGGGCAAUGGGUAUGGGUGAACCAGGGACACCGGGACCAGCAGGGCCACCAGGGAUGCAAGGAUCUCCAGGGUUUCAAGGUGAGGGUCUCCCAGGGCCCAAGGGCGACAGGGGGUAUGAGGGUCCCAAGGGCAGCCGUGGACCUCCAGGAAUCGGGUACAAAGGUGAUAAGGGAAACAUAGGAGCCCCCGGGCUGCCAGGUUUGGUGGGUUUUCCAGGGGCAGGCAUCCAAGGAGAAAAGGGAGACCAAGGACCAUUUGGACCCCCUGGUUCAAGAGGACCAACUGGACUGGGUAUAGUUGGACCAAAGGGUGACCAGGGUUUCCCCGGGGAGCCUGGACCUCAGGGAGAGAGGGGUAUUGGUGAGCCAGGGCCUAAGGGUGAGCCAGGGCCUGACGGGGCUUCUGGGAUACCUGGAAUUCCUGGUGAGGACGGAGCUGUUGGGCCUAAGGGAGAGAUGGGGUUGCCAGGCCAGCGAGGCUUAGCAGGAGCGCUGGGGAAAGGCAUCCCAGGAGAAAAGGGAGACAGAGGUGACCGUGGGGCGAGAGGACUUUCAGGGUCUCCAGGCCCAGUUGGACCUGCUGGAGCUAAGGGAGAGCCUGGCAGCCCAGGAAUGGUGGGUCUACCUGGAGCUGCUGGCCGUGGCUUACCAGGACCGAAGGGAGAUCCUGGACCUUCAGGACCAACUGGACCUGUAGGAGAAUCUGGAGUUGGAAUCAUUGGACCAAAGGGUAACAAAGGGAAUACUGGACCUGUGGGGCCACCGGGGGUGAAAGGAGAUGGCUUCCCAGGACCACAGGGGCUGCCUGGCUUACCAGGAGUGCAAGGAGAGAUUGGGCCUGAAGGAAAAGGACUACCUGGACCUAAGGGUGACAGAGGCUUACCAGGGGUCCCAGGGUCAUCAGGUCCUCCUGGAAUUGGACUUUAUGGACCAAAGGGCUCUGCAGGGCAGCCUGGUCCACCAGGCAUGCCUGGGCCUCAAGGAGAGGGCAUCCAGGGGCCAAAGGGAGAGCCUGGGUUUCAGGGACCAAUGGGCCCCAGAGGGGCAUCAGGGGACGGCCUUCCUGGGGAGAAGGGUGACAGAGGCAUUCCUGGAGACCGUGGAAAGAAAGGAGACAAGGGAGACUAUGGAGAGCCAGGAACUACUGGACCGAUGGGGAGACCCGGAGAAAAGGGGGAACCAGGACUGACAAGAGAAGAGGUCAUCAGGAUAAUAAGAGAAAUCUGUGGCUGUGGAUUGAAGUGCAGAGAGAGCCCUCUGGAGCUGGUGUUUGUCAUAGACAGCUCUGAGAGCGUGGGACCCGAAAACUUCGAAGUGGUGAAGGACUUUGUGAACGCUCUAAUCGACCGUGUGUCGGUGGGCCGGGAAGCCAGCAGGAUCGGUGUGGUGCUCUACAGCCACGUGGACAUGGUGGUGGUCAGCCUGAACGAGCAGUCCAGCCAGGAAGACAUCAAGGCCGCUGUCAAGAGGAUGCCUUACCUGGGCGAGGGCACCUUCACAGGAAGCGCCAUCCACCGAGCCAACGAGCUGUUCUUAGCCUCACGGCCCGGCGUCAGGAGGGUGGCUGUGGUUUUAACGGACGGUCAGGCCGACCCACGUGACGUCAUGCAGUUUGAAGAAACAGCAACUGAGGCCCACGAUGAAGGAAUCGAGAUGUUUGUUAUAGGGGUGGUGAACAAGACCGACCCUCUGUAUAGAGAGUUCCUGGCUGAGAUGAACGUCAUCGCCUCUGAUCCUGAUGAAGAGCAUGUCUACCUCAUAGAAGACUUCAGGACACUUCCCACUCUGGAAAGCAAGAUACUGAGUCAGAUUUGUGAGCAGGAUGACACAAUGAUGUUUCUACCAGACUCUGUGUUUCCACCUGUGGACAUCCAGCCAGAGACUCCAGAAGACAGACGCCCAGAGGAAUUACCAGAGGAAGAAAACAUAGGACUGGAAUUUCCGGUGGAGGCAGUGACAGCGCCGACUCCACAGACCCCUGAGUCAGGGCGAAUCGAUGAGAACCUGGUUGACAGGAAACUGUUUGUGGAGCCCUGGAAUGACCUUACAGACAUCAUGUUCGCCUCUCCUGGUAGACGGGGGAAGCAGGGACCUGGAGUGACGUCCGUGGUAGGUCCUCAGACUCCAACUGACUGGCUGUAUGAGGCAGAGAGCACAGAGUCUCCAGCCAGCACUUCUCCUCCACCCCUGACAGACUCGCCUGUCUCAGAUGAGGGCUGUGGUCUGACUCUGGACCCAGGUCCCUGCCGGCAGUACGUCGUCAAAUGGUACUACGACCCCGAGGCCAACGCUUGUGCCCAGUUCUGGUACGGAGGCUGCCAGGGGAACGCAAACAACUAUGAGACUGAAGCCACUUGCAAGAAUUCAUGUGUCUAUACGUAA